AUGCAUCUAGAUGGAUACAUGAGUGGAGGAAACGUGUGGCGGCUUCUGUUUAAAUCAUCCUCUCGAAGCCGUAGGGCGUUCCGGUGGGCGUGGCUCUGGCAGUCCCCCGUGUCGCGUGACCACACUCCGCUGUGGUGUAUUUGUGAUGGUCCGGUCUUUGUCCGGAGUGUGGGAGAAGUCUACCAGUGCGAGUUGUGUGGUGGCAAACAGCGAGGUGUGGAGUGCGGCCCAACGUCUCUUUUCUUCGGCUUUAAGAACGGCGGUUGUGUUUCCGUCACGCCGGGUUUGGGCCACGGCGAAGGCGUGCGUCGUGUUUUUGGGGAAAUUCACUCGCAUGUCAGGGCCACAGGGACGACCUACACCGAUCUCGUCAAGCGAAUUCCCACUGCCUGGAAAUCAAGUGGCCGCAGCCUAGAGUCGUACAGGGAAUGGUGUGAUCAUGUAAUUUUGGAAAAGGAAAAUUCUUGUCAUGGAACAACGCACACCCAAAGCGCUUUAAUUCAGCGGCAACACGUCUCACCUGACGAUGUGCAACUUGCCGUGUAUGCACUGCGCUUUGCUUUAGCCGUCUACGCCCUGCCGUACGAACUGGGAUACUUUAACACCCCCGCUCGCUCCCUCUGGCUUUGGAUGCCGUGGUACAAUCGUUACACGAUUGCGUCGACGGCAGAUCAGGUUUCUUCUAUUCGCCGUAUUCUUUUUGGCGAUAAAUGCGAUCCGUUGCUUGAGGUGGCGUACGCUCGCUAUUCCGCCGCUCUCCAGCAGCCGUGUUUUGCUAUCUUUCUUGACCAUCGCACGCGAAGAGUGGUGGUCGCGUUCCGUGGAACAGUCUCACUGACAGAUAUUAUUACCGACGUGGCUGGCGGUUACACCAACGUCUGCCUGGGUACGUACCGCAGCGCUGUGACGGGUGGGACGGAGGAGUUACGCACAAACGUACCGCGUGGUUUCUACAUGAAUGUCAUGGAGGCGGGAGGACAUAUCAUGAGUGCGCUCAGCGUUAUCCGGGAGAGGUAUCCUGACUACGCGCUGCUGAGCGUGGGACACUCUCUUGGUGCCAUUGAGGCGAUUCUUUUCCAUCUGCUUUUCUUUUCUCCAACAACACGGCAGGGGGCGGAUUUACGUACAAUCGCCUUUGCCCCUGCCCCCUGCGUCGAGCAGGCGGUGAUGACAAGAGUCAAUGAGCUGCUGGGCGAAGAGGCGAUGACGUCAUGGGUGUACGGUCUGGAUGGGGUGGCGCGGCUACAGACAAGUUCUGUGCGUGACCUUUUCUUUCCAUCGUCCUCUGCCGGUUCAUCGAAAACAAAGAAAGAAGGGAAUGAGGCGCAACAGCCGCAGUUGCCGCAACUUUCGAUCCCUGGUCGCGUGUUGCAUCUAACGGAGGAAGGCACCGUUGUGCUGGACGUUCCUGCCAAUGUUCCGUGGCGAGAGAAAUUGUUUUUUGGAAAGGAGGCUUUGCUGCACCACCUCCCAUCGAUGUACGGUGUGGCCCUUCACAAGGCCCUUCUGGCACGUGAGGCGAGCACAAGAGUUUCUGUAGAGAUGAGGCCAUGA